AUGAAGAAAGUAGCAAGAAAGUCGAUAGACUAUUACAUACUGCCGAACAAGAUCUUGUGCAGUGUGGUCGGAAUAUCACUUGCGGAGAGGAAGAACACAUCUAGUGCAAAAAUAUUGGCAUAUUCCCAUUUCAUAGUAGCGAUUGUGGCAGCUGGCAGUAUGUUUGUGCCUCAAAUAAUGCUUGUUGCGGUGAACUGGGGUGAUCUGAAGAUUCUAACAAGAGUAGGAUGCGUGAUAACAACAGUUGGACAGUAUAUAUUCAAGAUGAUUUACAUAGCGGCCAGAAGAGAAAGAGUGGAAAGACUGUAUAAGGAACUAAGAAGUCUUUGGAACUCGGCAGACGAUCCUGAGGAAAUGAAGUCUUACGAACAGUUUGCAUACUGGGGAAGAAUAAGUACAUUACUGUGCUACACGUCUGGCUUCUUGGUUGUGACCAUCUACACCAUUGUAGCAGCCAUUGAUUAUUUUACAAUAGACUACACAGACAAUAACAACGAUAAAACCAAAUAUUUACCAUUUGAAGUCUGGUACGGAACAGAUGUCACAGAAUCUCCUAAAUUCGAGGUCGCCUUUAUUUGCCAAUUUGUGGCAGCAUUUAUGUCCUGUACUGGAAUUUGGGCUAUUGACACCUCGUGUAUGACAGCGAUUCUCCACGUAUCAGGUCAAUUUAAGUUAAUUAACACAUGGAUCAGUAGCAUCAGAAUCAAAAGCGAUUGUGAGCCGACGGAUCAUUGCCGUAAUUAUUUGCCGAACGUGGAAGCAAACCUGAUUAAAUGUAUUCGUCACCACCAGCGAGUGAUAAAUGUAGCCGAUGAGGUUAAUAAUCUAUUAAUACCCAUUAUUUUUAUGCAAAUCCUCACAAGUGGUAUUGAGAUAUGUUUAAGUGUAUUCGGAGUGAUUGAAAAUGACACGAGCGCUGAAUUUUUGAAAUCUGCAAUUUAUUUAACUGCAAUCACGUCACAGCUGUUUCUCUGGUGUUAUUCGGGUGAAAUCCUGAUUCUGGAAAUAGAUAGAGCAACUUCUACGGUGACGGUCACUGUGUUAAAGGUAUUCAAUACAGCAGCCUCUUAUUUUACUCUGUUGCGACAAAUGCAAGAAACGUAA